AUGGUUAUCACCACAUCGCGAUACUUUCGGCAACCGACCCGCCUACGAAAUAAGGACAAUGAUUGGAAACUCGGAACAUGGAAUGAACCCGGACGAGUGAGUCUUUUAGCUCGCGAACUGCAGACGGUUGGAGUGAGCGUGGCUGCGAUUCAGGAGUUGCGGUGGCCUAGAACUGGAGAACGUGAAUUCAGGACGGUGAAUCCCAUCGCCAACACUUCCAUCAAAUACAACAUCUACUAUAGCGGCGGCGAAAAGACAGAACAUGGAGUCGGUUUCAUAGUGAUCGGCAAGCAGAUGAAGCGUGUUAUAAGGUGGAAACCGGUUAGCGAGCGAAUCUGUGUAUUGAAGGUACGGGUCAAAUUCUUCAACUACAGCUUGAUCAACAUCUAUGCACCGACAAACGAUAAACCCGAUUACGUGAAAGACGCGUUUUACGAGUGUCUCGACAAAACCUACGGAGAGUGCCCAAAGCAUGACGUGAAAAUUGUUAUCGGGGGCGCCAACGCUCAGGUCGGUAGGGAGGACUUUUUCCGUCCAAUCAUUGGUAAGGAGAGCCUUCACUCUGUGACCAAUGACAACGGCCUGAGACUAGUGACCUUCGCUGCAGCUAGAAUGAUGGCCUUCAGCAGCACUUAUUUUGCACGCAAAGACAUCCGUAAGCACACCUGGAUGCACCCGAAUGGCGAAACUUGCAAUCAAAUAUACCAUGUCCUGGUAGACGGCCGGCACUUCUCGAAUGUUAUAGAUGUGAGGACCUUCAGAGGACCAAACAUCGACUCUGAUCACUAUCUCGUUGUCAGUAAGAUUCGAACACGGUUAUCAACCGUAGCGAACUCAAGAACUCAGCGAUCGUUGCGUUUCAAUAUCCAGCGCUUCUCAGCAGAAGGUGUGACGGACGAGUACCGCCAGAAGCUUGAUGAGCGGAUAAGGGGAAUCAACGUAGACGACAACCUCAACAAUCUGUGGGAGUCAAUACACGGAGCGGUGAGCACAGCAGCGCGAGAAGUAAUAGGUACUGCUCAGAGACGACCCAGAAACGGUUGGUUCGAUUAG